AUGGAACUAAUUGAUAUUCCUGUAUUCCUCAACAAUGUACCGAGAACUGCUCCUGCACCAGCAAUUGCAAAUUCUUCUGCGCCAGCACUCAAUUCCACUUCUCCAAGCAGAAUGACAGUUUCUUUACCUAUCGAUCCGUUAAAGUUACAAGGAAUGCAUGGGCUACCAAAUAUUGCCGUGUGGGUGCAAGACUACCGCAUGUUAUCGACGGCGAACCUCCUUUUGCAUGAUUACCUUCUGGAAGAGGUGACACUAUAUGAUGAUGUUGCUUCUAUCGUCCAUAAAGACAUUGCUUUUUCUGUUAAAGUGCGAUAUCACUACGAACAUUUGGCGGAUGUAGAGAAGAAGAAGAAGUAUUGUGAUAUUGUAAGACUUCCUGCUACUGAAUUAGCGAAGAGAUACCAAUUUCGAGAUCAAGAGUUAAUAGCUAAAGGUGGUCAUGAACAAGUUCUGUUGGACUUGAACCACUAUACGACAAGAAAAAAGACGUUUCUACGCAGCAUUGGGAAUCAUAAAGAGACAUUCGGCUGCUUGGUGUUGCUCUUGUAUUCCAACUUUUGUACCCUACACAAAAAAAUGAAGAAAAAAAAUGGUAUUAGUGACAUUGCCGACAUUGUCACAAUUGUGCGAUUGAUGAAAAUGUCAUAUGUAAAUGCUUAUCCUGUUAAGAUAAGUGAGAACAGUCAGAUGAUUUUUAGGUUUUACGGUACUCCUUUUUUAUUAAUUAUAUCAGUACGUCCACGCUCUUCGGUGGAUGCUUCACCGCCGCAGACCGUUUACCUUGCGUGGUUAAAUACUCAUGUGGCAUAA